GUUUCAUCUGCAUGGACAGAUGGAGAACCUCUCAGAACUUUGGAGCUUUGCUCCUAUUUCUGGAUGGUUCCUGGUGUCUGAAGUCCGGCCCGGUCCACAGCAGGAGCAGACGGUUCUGUGGGAAAGAUGCUGCUUUUCUUGAACAUCAACAGGAGCUUUAGAAGCACUCAGACCCGCUGCUAUAAAGGCUGCCGCAGUCCGUUUGGUUCUGAUCCCACGGGGCCACGACGGAUCGACACCCAGAGCAGGUUGGAGGACACACAGGUUUGGUACUUCUAACCUCUGACCCUGCAGCAGUGAUGGAGCUGGAUCAGAACUCUGGGGUUCCUGCUGACACUCUCCAGCAGACUGCAUCCCCUCCUGGUCUACACGGCCAUAGCGAGCAUGAGGAGGGGGGUCUGAACCAGGAAAAACAUCAGAUGGCCCACCAGAAGCAGAACCCUAAAGUUCACAGGUCGGAUGACGUCUCACCUGUCCAGCGUCCCCCGGUGAGGCGGGGCUCCAGAGGAUCAAUCCUGGCCAGAGAUCAGCUCAGCGACUUCAGCGACCUUCAGAUGUUGGUGGAGUUGAAGGAGCUGGAGAUGGACCAGAACCAGGACCUACACUGGAGGGAGACGGGUCGCUGGAUCCGAUUGGAGGAGGACGUGGAGGAGGAGACGGAGCAGUGGAGGAGACCUCACAUCGCCGCGCUGUCCUUCCACCCCCUGAUGGAGCUCCAGAAGGUCCUUGCCCAAGGCGCCGUCCUCCUGGACCUUCAGCAGAAGACUCUGCCUGGAAUCGCCCAGCAGAUGGUGGAGCAGAUGGUGGCCUCAGGUCAGCUGAGAGGAGAACAUGGAGUGGAGCUGCUGAGGACUCUGCUGCUGCCGCACAGUCAUUUCAGUGAUCAGCAGGAUCUCACCUGGUCCAGUAGGAACAUCUCUUCCUCGCUGACAGACAGACAGAGCAGCCAAUCAGAACUCUCUAGAAAUGCAACCAAUUACAGAGAUGCUGAGGUCAACAAAACUCAGCAGGACACCUUAUGGUGCAGACCCAAACAUGACAGGAAACUAAUGGAGAAGAUCCAACAGCGAGCUGAGGCCACCGUCAUCCUUGUGGGCGCGGUGGGCUUCCUGGACCAGCCCUCUGUGGUGUUUGUGCGUCUGCAGGAGGCGGUUCUGUUGGACUCCGUUUUGGAGGUUUCCAUCCCAGUCAGGUUCUUCUUCUUGCUGCUGGGCCCACCUGCUGCCAACGUUGAUUACCGCCAGAUCGGGCGCUCCAUUUCCACGCUGAUGUCAGACAAGCACUUCUCUGAGGCAGCGUACCAAGCAGAGAGCCAGCAGGAUCUGCUGACGGCCAUCAACCGUUUCCUAGAGCGUAGCGUGGUUCUCCCCCCAUCUGAGGUCAACAGCGAUGAGCUGCUUCCCUCUGUCCCUCGGGUCCAAAGAGGAGAGAACGAUCAGAGCAGCAAAGUCCAGGAGAAGCAGAUCUGCUUACAGCAGGACAAAAACUCUCUGGUUCCGCUGAAGUCCAGUGAAGCUCCGCUGAAGCGUUCGGGUCGUCUCUUUGGAGGUCUGAUCACUGAUGUGACACGGCGAUACCCUCAGUACCUGAGUGACAUCCGGGACGCUCUGAACCCUCAGUGCAUGGCGGCCAUCAUCUUCAUCUACUUUGCUGCCUUAUCUCCUGCCAUCACCUUCGGCGGCCUGCUGGGUGAAAAGACGGAGGGUCUGAUCGGUGUGUCGGAGUUGAUUGUUGCCACGGCGAUGCAGGGCAUCGUGUUCAGCGUGCUGGGAGCUCAGCCUCUGCUGGUGAUCGGCUUCUCUGGACCGCUGCUGGUUUUUGAAGAAGCUUUCUACACAUUUUGCAAAGACAAUGAGAUAGAGUACCUGACCGGCCGCGUCUGGAUCGGCUUCUGGCUGGUGCUAAUCGUCAUCAUCACUGUGGCCCUGGAGGGAAGCAUCCUGGUUCGAUUUGUUUCUCGCUUCACUCAGGAGAUCUUCUCCUUCCUCAUCUCCCUCAUCUUCAUCUAUGAGACCUUUGCCAAACUGGUGAAGAUUUUUAAGGAGCACCCACUCCAGACCUGUUUCCAUGGAAACGGCACCUCAUCUCCUCUUCUAUGCAACCACUCCAUGACUGUGGGGGGUCCCAGUAAAACCAGUGGGGAGCCCAACACCGCGCUGCUGUCACUGGUCCUCAUGGCGGGAACAUAUUUCAUUGCCUUCUACCUGAGGAAGUUCAAGAACAGCUCCUUCUUCCCAGGAAGGAUCCGGAGAAUCAUCGGAGACUUUGGCGUUCCCAUUGCCAUCCUCAUCAUGGUUCUUGUGGACUACAGCGUGGAGGACACCUACACCCAGAAACUCAACGUUCCCAGUGGGUUCUCGGUGUCCAGUCCAGAGAAGCGGGGCUGGAUCAUCUCUCCACUCGGUUCUGACGGACAGUUCCCAGUUUGGAUGAUGGGAGCCAGCAUCCUGCCGGCGGUUCUGGUCUUCAUCCUCCUCUUCAUGGAGUCCCAGAUCACAGCGCUGAUCGUCAGUAAAAAGGAGCGGAUGCUGGUGAAGGGAACCGGCUUCCAUCUGGACCUGCUGAUCAUUGUGGUGGUGGGCGGAGUCUCUGCCCUCUUUGGUCUGCCGUGGUUGUCUGCCGCCACGGUUCGCUCUGUUACCCACACAAACGCCCUGACUGUCAUGAGCAAAUCCGUUGACCCUGGAGACAAGCCUCGGGUGCAGGAGGUCAAGGAGCAGAGGGUGACUGGGUUUUUGGUGGCGGUUUUAGUGGGUCUGUCCAUCGUUAUCGGGGACGUUCUACGCCAGAUCCCGCUGGCGGUUCUGUUCGGUAUCUUCCUCUACAUGGGGGUGAUGUCCCUGAAUGGGAUCCAGCUGACGGAGCGACUCAUCCUGCUGCUGAUGCCACCAAAGUACCACCCGGACCACAGCUAUGUGCGGAAGGUGAAGACUCUGAGGAUGCACCUGUUCACCCUGGUCCAGCUGAUCUGCCUGUCUCUGCUGUGGGUUGUCAUGGCGACGGCAGCGGCGCUGGCUUUCCCCUUCAUGCUGCUGCUGACCAUCCCCCUCAGGAUGCUGCUGCUCCCCCGCCUCUUCAGCCCCAGAGAGCUACUGAGUCUGGAUGCUGAGGAUGCAGAGCCCCAUCUGGAGGAGAAGGAGGGUCAGGACGAGUACUCUCACCUGCAGAUGCCUGUAUGAGCAGCUGCUGAGUGAACUGGAUCAGAACCAGACCAUCUGGACCUCAUAAAGGCUGCUUCUUUCAUCUGGUUAAUGCUCCUGUAAUAUUUCUCUGUAAAGAUCCAAAAUGACCAGAACCUUCAGCUCUGAGUAAAACUGACUCCAUCAUAAA